AUGCCAGCUCUCAAAGCACCCGCCGAGUUACCGGUCGUGACUUCUACACCAUCACUCGAAUACCUCCAGCGACGAAGCCAAGUCCUUUUUCGCCGGGGAGGCCAUCGUGACGAUCUCAAAAACAAUCUCGUACCUAUCUGCCUUGCAAUCGGCGGCAUGGGCUGUGUGGCCUGCAUAGCUCUCACACCAGCAUGGCUCUCAGCCCGCAGGGAAAAGAAGAAGAUGAUACCAUUGGCACAGAGGGGUGAGGUUAAAAAAGAGCGAGAACAACAUUCCGAGUUAAAUCGCGUUCGGAUUCUGCUUUCAUACCCGCGGGAAAAGAAGGACUUUUCGGUGCUAAGGAUCUGUAUUUCUGGCCGGCGUUUAUUGGCAUUUUGA